AUGUCAGACACGACGAUACUCGUCAACGGCACAGUCCCCUUUGAGGUCCAGGAACGGUUACGAAGUGGUUGCCAUGCUCCCAUCGAGGGGUUCAACAGUCCAUACGGCUACAACCCCUCCCUCGCAGCUGGUGUCGUCUUUCUCGUCUUGUUCGCCCUCACCAUGAUCGGCCACAUUGCACAGAUGGUCUGGAAGAGGACCUGGUGGAUGGCCGUGUUUUGGAUUGGAAGUCUUACUGAAGUCCUGGGCUGGGCUGGGCGAACCUGGUCUGCCGAGUGCCCCUACAAUGGCAACGCUUUCCUCAUGCAGAUUACAACCUUGAUUAUCGCUCCCACAUUCUACACAGCAGGAGUAUACAUACUCCUUGGCCGCUUCAUCCAAAUACUCGGUCGUGAAUCCUCAGCCCUCAGCCCUCGAGUCUACCUCUGGAUAUUCGUUACGUGCGACAUUGUCUCCCUCGUCGUUCAAGCCAUCGGCGGCGCCAUGGCCUCCACCGCAUCGGAUCAAGAAAACGGUGACACCGCUCCCGGAACAAACAUCAUGGUCGCAGGCAUCGUCUUCCAAAUGGCCUCCAUCACCAUCUUCGUCCUCUGCGCCGCUGACUUCGUCCGACGAACCCUCCGCCGUAAGCUCCUUCAGUCCAUGACCGGUACCAUCGUCCCGCUCCUCGGGGCUAUGAUCUUCUCCGUCAUCUGCAUCUACAUCCGAAGUAUCUACCGUACCAUUGAGCUGCUGGAAGGGUGGGACGGAUAUCUCAUCACGACAGAGCGAUUUUUCUACGCGCUUGACGGCGCAAUGAUGGUCCUCGCUGUUGCAGUCUUCAAUAUCUUUCACCCCGGCUGGCUGUUGCCUGGUGCGGAAAAGACUUUCCGUGCGAAGACCGAGGUUGAGGAGGGCUCGUCGACUGAACUUCGUUAA